CAAGCGUGGUUUCUCCACAGAAUUUUGUCUUUCCAAUCAUCUUUGUGAUGAAUAAGGAGUGAGAUAUGCAAUCGAAGACUUGUGAAGUCUGUAAAGAAGCCUGCCACAAGUACAAAUGCCCAUCCUGCAGUACGAAGUAUUGCUCUCUUUCCUGUUUCAAGGCUCAUAAAGAUGACAUUUGUGAAAGAGAAACCAACAGAAGAAAAGAAGAGAAAUUAGAAGAAAAUGAAAGAAACUUAAGAACCAUAUCACUAGCCAAGAAAGAAACAGAGGAAGGAGAAAUCACAGAGAGUGAUUCCAGUGAAAGAUCAGAUGAUGAAGACAGGAUCAGUAAAAAUGUUUUGGAUAAACUAGGUCACUCACAAAAACUGAGCAGCAUGCUUCAUAACAAACAUCUGCGAAAAAUGAUCAAAGGAAUCGAUGCUUCAGAAGAUCCUGGCAAACUUCUCGGGCAAGCUAUGCAAAUACCUAUUUUUACAGAGUUUGUGGAUGAAUGUUUGAGGAUAGUGGAACCACAAAAUGAAGAAGAAAUGGAACAGGACUGAAGUUUGUAACUAGAAGGUGGAAUGCACCUUCCAGCUGAGAAAACUUAGGCAAAUGCUAUACCACAGUUUGGUAUUCAAUCAAAUCAUCAGAACACUAUUUGAACUAUUUUAUUUUUUUAAUCCACUUGCUGGAAAUGGGAAUCUGGAUGUGGGUAACUUUAUUUUAAGCAAAUUCAAUUUUCUUGUGUCAGAACAAGUCUGAAUCAGUUAAGAACAAAUUUUGAUUUUUUGUUGUUAAAGUGAAACUAAACUUAUCACAUACAGUUCACUAUGUCAGACUAAAGCAAAAUGUCAUCAGCAACCAGAAUUUGAACUACUGGUAAAUGUAAAAGAGAAAAAAAAAGUAAACUGUCCAGAGAUUCUCCUUACUGUCUGCAAUUCAA